AAAAAAGAAGAAGAAGAAGAUUCGAACAAUUUUACUGAAUUAUACGCUAUCAUCAAAAUAGAAACCGCUUACUUAUUUUUCAAGUUAAUACAAAACCUAUAUUCUUUUAUUUACUACGUAGAUUAAAGUUUCAAAAUGUUGAUAAAAGUUAAGACUUUAACGGGCAAGGAAAUCGAAAUAGAUAUAGAGCCUACUGACAAAGUCGAACGUAUAAAAGAAAGGGUUGAAGAAAAAGAAGGCAUUCCACCACAACAACAGCGGUUAAUCUUUUCCGGAAAACAAAUGAAUGAUGAAAAGACAGCUCAAGACUACAAAGUACAAGGUGGCUCCGUACUUCAUCUGGUGUUAGCCUUGAGAGGUGGCGAGUGAUCUUUGUGAUUUAAUUAUCUCAUAUUUUGUAAUAUUAUUUUUCAUUAUGUAUAAAUUAUAAUCUUAAA